AUGGCUGUCAUCUUCGACUUGAAAUUUCUCAUCAUUGGCGCGGGCCCAUCAGGUCUGACUAUUGCUUAUUGGAUGGCGCAGUAUGGCAUAAACGCUCGCAUCAUCGACAAGCGUAGCACGAAACUCUUUCGAGGUCAUGCAGAUGGCCUGAGAGGCCGAACGCUCGAACUCAUCGAUAGUAUGGGGUUUGUCCACCGGAUCUUGCAAGAAGGGUACCAUGGAGCAGGUCUUAGGUAUUGGAGACCAGACGGAAAGGGGGGUUUGAAGCGGGCCGGAGAGCUGCGAAGCACAAUCUGGAAUUCCUCGCCCUAUCGCAUGGCCUUAUUGUCCCAGGGCCGCAUCGAACGAUUCUUUCUCGAUGUUAUCCGGGAUGCUUCCAGUAUCGACGUAGAAAGAGGUGUCAUAGGAGAGUCACUGAGCUAUGAUGAGAGCCUUGAGAACGAUCCCCAGGCGUACCCCAUCACGAUCAAGUUGAGGACUCUAAGUGAGGAAGAAGCAACUCCAAUCCCCAACCCGGGUAUUACCCCCUACAAACCAGCCCGGGAUGACCUGGAGGAUCUGGUUCCAAAACGCAAGCACGAUGUUGGGACGAUCGAGACGGUUCGGGCCAAGUAUCUCAUUGGCUGCGAUGGGGCGCACAGCUGGACAAGGAAACAGUUGAAUAUCCCCUUCGAGGGAUCCCACACAGAUCAUAUAUGGGGUGUUAUGGAUGUGGUCCCAAUCACGGAUUUCCCGGACAUCCGCUGGCCAUCUUCGAUUGACAGUCCGCACGGGCAUCUGCUUGUCAUCACGAGAGAAGGCAAUACAGUGCGCUUUUAUGUCCCUUUGCAAGAAGAAGAUGAGAUAACGCCCUCAUUCGAUCGGUCGGCGGUGACUUUGGACAUGCUCUGCGAAAGAGUGAAAAGCAUCAUGUCUCCCUUCUAUUUCGACUUCAAAGUCUGCCACUGGUGGGCUGCAUAUCAGGUCGGUCGGAGACUCGCACCCGCCGUUAAUAAAGGACGUAUGUAUCUCGUCGGUGAUGCCGUCCAUACCCACAGCCCCAAGAUUGGGCUGGGAAUGAACAUGAGCAUUCAGGACGGCUUUAACCUCGGUUGGAAACUUGCGCUGGCCGUGAAGGAGAUGGCGUCUCCUUCCAUUCUCGAUACCUACAAGUCCGAGCGUCAUCAGCUCGCCAAGAUGCUCCUUGAGUUCGACCAGAAAUGGGCUGCGUUUUUCCUGAAGCAGAAGAAAAAGCAGCAGCAGCUUGGACUUGAGGCUCCUCCGGAAGCAAACCCAGAAGACAUCCAGGCCAUGCAGGAUGUUUUCAGCGAAAAUGAGCUGUUCGCGGAGGGCCAUGUAUCAUUCUACAAGGCAAGCCCCAUAGUACACAAAGGCAGUACAACAGUGGCCCGACACUUGACAGCAGGAGAAAGGUUUCCCGUGGCACUCAUUCGCAAGCAAGCAGAUGGUCAGCCAUGGUGGACUUCACGGCUCCUGAAGAGCGAUGGUCGUUUUCGGAUUUUGCUUCUGGUCGGAGACUGCCGACUGGAAGAUCAGAAAAGCCGCAUAUUGGCUCUCAAUAAUGGGCUAUUGGAGCUUCAGAAACGCUUCACGCCCCCCAAGCAAAAGCUCGACUCUGUCAUCGAAGUCAAGGCAGUCCACAGUGCUCCGGUGGAUGACGUUGAACUGAGUGACUUCCCCCCGAUUUUGCGCCAGUUCGACGACACCACUGGCUGGGACUACACAAAGGUCUGGAGUGACAGUGAGUGCUUCUGGGACGAACAGUGCAAAGGCAACGCAUAUGAGAUUUGGGGGGUGGACAGGUCAAGGGGUGCCAUGGUUGCUUUACGACCCGAUCAAUAUAUCGGAUGGAUUGGAGAGCUCGACGACGUGGCCGGCGUGACCACAUACUUUGAAGGUUUCCUUCGCGAGCCUCGGCCGGAAGCGGUGCUGUAG